UUUCAGUGCGGCUGCCUCGAGAGGCUGCACACACACACACUCAAGCUCAGCACGGGCCGCAGCUCCAACACGACGCUUAACUGCGCCGUCCCAGCCGCAUAAACCCACACUAAAUGGGUUUAUCACAACACCAGCCGUCACUUUCGUCUCUUCCGUUUGCCUCGACCGAUUGUUUUGGAUGGAUUAUCUCGUUCACGUCUCACCGAGAAGCCUUACAACGCCCAGUCCGCAGCGGCAGCCAUAGCUCGGUCAUUGACGCCGGAGAAAACUGCAGCCAGCUUGUGCAAUGGCAGUGUUCAGUCACCAGGUGCUCCUUGCAGUCACCCGAUCGAGGGGAUCCUAUCUGUUAUCCAAAAGACACGGCUGCUCCUCCCUGUCCUCUAAAGCCUAUCUCCAUAUAGACCCUCCUCGGCACGUCUCCCCUUCGUUCCCACUCAGGCACUCCCGUUAUGGCCACGCCCACUGCUUCCGCAGCCACGCUCACGCCCACCACGCCCUCGGCCGUGGUCACGGCUCCGCCCUGCUCGCCCGGUCUCUACACAGCUCAGGUGUUUGGCUUCAGGACGUAAAGCAGGAGGACAGCAAGGCCUCGCCGGCCCCCGCCCCGGACGCCUCCCCGGGAGCUAAAAAGGACUCUGCGGUCGCCGCGUCUCCUCCUACUCAACCUGCAGCUGCUCCCACUCCGACGCCCGCCGCCGCUUCUUCUCCUCAGGAGAAGGCCAUUGUGAAAAAGGCUCUGUAUCAGAGGAUUGUGGACGAAUUGAAGCAUUAUUAUAAUGGUUUCCGAUUACUUGGCAUCGACAUCAACAUCGCGGGGAGGAUGGUGUGGAGGCUGCUGCACGGACAGCUGCUCACACGCAGGGAAAGGAGGCGGCUGAUGAGGACCUGCGCCGACCUCUUCCGCCUGGUGCCCUUCAUGGUGUUCAUCAUCGUCCCGUUCAUGGAGUUCCUGCUCCCCGUCUUCCUCAAGCUCUUCCCGGAGAUGCUGCCCUCCACCUUUGAGACGGAGUCCAAGAAGGAGGAGAAGCAGAAAAAAGGUUUGGCUGCAAAGCUCGAGCUGGCCAAGUUUCUCCAGGAGACCAUCGCUGAGAUGGCCCGGAGGAACAAAGCCAAGGUUCAGACGGAGGACGAGACGCAGCGCUUCUCCACAUAUGUGCAGCAGGUCCGGGGCACCGGAGAGCAGCCCACCACGAAGGACAUCGUCCGGUUUUCGAAGCUGUUUGAGGACGAGCUGACGCUGGAGCACCUGGAGCGCCCCCAGCUGGUGGCUCUCUGCAAGCUGUUGGAGCUGCAGCCCAUCGGCACCAACAACUUGCUGCGUUUCCAGCUCAUGAUGCAACUCAGAACCAUCAAGUCAGACGACGAGAUGAUCGCGGCGGAGGGCGUGCCCGCUAUGAGUGUGUCUGAGCUGCAGGCUGCGUGCCGUAGUCGUGGGAUGAGGUCUCUGGGUCUCACCACCGAUCAGCUCCGUCAGCAGCUUCAGCAGUGGCUGGACCUGCACCUGAAGGAGAACGUGCCUCCAUCCCUGCUGCUGCUGUCCAGAGCCAUGUACCUGACAGACCUCAAACCAAAACCUCCCGUCAUCCCGCCAGUGCCCAAACUAGAGAAAGCUGCAUCUCCACCUCCAGCGGAGAACACGGGUGCGAGCACGCCCUCGGUCAGCACCGACAUGCUGAAGGACCCUGCGCUCAUCCUCAAAGACAGACCGGUGGAGGAGAUGAGAGAUAAGGCUCCUGUGGUGUCAGACAAACCUCUGAGUCCUGCUGAAGUCCUCCAGGCUAAGGCAGCGACGGAAUUGACCCAGAAGAGCAAGAUGAGUGCCAACGGUGUGUGAAGAGCAGCUGGGAGGGAGGGAGGGAGGACGGACUCGCGCCGCUCUGUGUCCUGGAGGCAGGGGAGGGGGUGGACGGUCUGCGGCUCUGCAGCGCUCACUCAGAGCUGCACAGGAAAACCUUCGUUCCUCAUCCAGGAGCCCGUCUCCCCCCGCCGUUACUCUUCAGGAAGGCUCUGGUGCUGUUUCCGCUCCGUCGUCUCACCCCCGGUUUUCACGCCCUGUGCACUCCGACCUCUGGAACUCUGCUGACAUUUCAGUGGACGUGCAGACCCCCCCCCCCAACACGGUCACCGUUCCUCAGUUCUCCGCCUGUAUAUUUGUAAAUACCAUGUAAAUGUUUGUCUGUCCUACUACCCAGAAACAGCAGCUUUGUACAGUUUGCUAUACAAAGGCCAGGUUCUCUCUCUCUCUCAGCGGUUUUAUUUAGUUUUAUUUGCAGACGUUUUAAACUCGUACAGGAUAUGAGCAAAGUCGCCCACUUUUUAACAACACUGGACUUUUUGGUUCAGCUUUUUUUUAUUUUAAACCCAGCAAGCCUCACUGUGCUCAGUUGCCCAGGCGAACACUGAAGGAUGGCUCGUCCUGACCUGUGGAACUCGUGCAGAUCGGCAGGUUUCGGAGCAGCUCCACCUCCGCUCUGAGCAUCGUGAGCAACGCUCUGCUGCGGUUUUGCAAUUACUGAAUGAAGGCUGUUGCGUUACUUCGAACAGAUUCACUCCUUAAAUACAGAGUCGGCUGCGAAAGCGCAGUCAGUCUCCAGUAGGAAACCACUGAGAGGAUAAGUUGUAAAGAAAGAAAAUCAGAUUUUAUUUGCGUAUAUGUACUGUAUUUCAACACUAUGAUGCUAAAAUGUCUUUAAGCUGAAACGAGAAAAUACUUGAUGUUACCCGUAUAGAUAUACUGUUAAUAUUGAGAUUUAAGCCUUUUAACCCUCAAGCCACACAUGAGAUUAAGUUUAUUAUUAUUGUGGCUAAAAAAAAAAUAAUAAAAACUCGUAGUGUUACAACCAACUAUCACAGAAAUAAGAUCCUAAAAGUGGGAGUGGGGGAGUUAAGCACACAGAUACAGCCAUGCGAGUGUUUGACGAUGGUUAAAAUUAACCCUGGCAUCCCCGUCUCCACAGUGAUCCCGUUCUCCCCGCCGUUUAUCCGUCGGCAUGUAUGGAAGCUUUUUAAGGAGAAUGGUGGAGAUCUGUGCUAUUGGUUUUUCGUAUGUGCCUAAGGUUAAAGGGCAAUUUUUUUUUUCUUUCAUGAGAAGACAUAUGUUUUUGAAUUCUGCCACAUUGGUUUGUUCUUUGAUUUUAAAGCGCCUGGUUGCACCUUUUUUCUCUGUAGUGGAAUGUCUCCUCUUCUUUGCCCCAUUUGGUCUAAAUGAGUCCCUUUAUUUCCAAUCACCAGUGACGAUAUUGAUGGAAAAGUUCUCUUUUUAAUCAGCCUGAUGCUUGCAGUGUGAAGGAGACAAAAAUAAAAUAAAAAAUAAAAAAUCGGAAUAGUUACAGCUUCAUUUACAGUGGAGCAUAAAGGGGAUUUUAUUUUCUUAGACAUGACCUGACUUGUUACAGUUCCUUUCUAAAGGAAAAUGGUUAAAGGCUUCAAGACCUUUUCUCCUGCAGCGCCACUGCUGGGUCUGCAGCACUCCAUCCUGUUAAGAUCCAAAAACCUUUUCAGCUGUUAUUCAGCGGCUGAGAAAAGCUGUCAUGUGACCUGAUGGGUGUGAAGGUUUUGAUGACUGGUAAUGUGUAAUUGAAAGAACAUAAAAACAGUGGCGGUGACUGGGCUGGGUCGUUAUCUGUCCCCUGACACUGGAUCGGAGGUCAAUCUGCUUUGUGUCAGUGUUCGAUCACUGCCAAGUCAGCAACAUCUCAGUGCCCUGCCCGUCUAGAAACUGUUUUUUACUUCAUUCUCUCAUGUGUAAGUUUGUUUCUUUCAGUUUUAACAUUGCACUGCUGUCCAGACGGGUUUUACCCAGCUUUAAACUCCCACGUCACUCUGCCAUAGCCCUUGAGUUUCAGGGUGAUGACAAACAGUUCAGAUAAUUAAAAAGAUUGAACCCUUUUA